CUUUGAUGAAGCUCCCUCGCACGAUUCCAUCACUCUCAAGCUCUCAUUUCCUUCACACCUCCAGAAACGUAACCUCAGUGAUCGAAUCCUCUCAAAAAGAUUCGCAAUUCGUCGAUGCCGUCAAAAGAAUCGUGCGUGGGAAACGAAGCUGGGAGAUCGCAUUGAGCAGAGACCUCGUCUCGAGACGAUUGAAGCCAACCCACGUCGAAGAGAUCCUGAUCGGAACCCUAGAUGAACCCAAACUCGGUCUAAGGUUUUUCAAUUUCCUCGGCCUUCACAGAGGAUUCGACCACUCGACGGCGUCGUUUUGCAUCUUGAUCCAUUCCUUGGUCAAAUCCAAUCUCUUCUGGCCAGCGUCGUCGCUGUUACAGACGCUUCUCCUUCGUGGGCUUAACCCAAGUGAGGCUUUUUACUCCCUUUUUAGCAGUUACGAGAAAUGUUGUAAGCUUAGUUCGAAUUCAAGCUCGAGUUUUGAUUUGUUGAUUCAGCAUUAUGUAAGAAUUAGGAGAGGUUUAGAUGGUGUUUUGGUGUUUAGGAUGAUGACGAAAUCUGGUUUAUUACCUGAAGUUAGAACCUUGAGUGCGUUGUUACACGGUUUAGUUCAUUCUAGGCAUUAUGGUGUGGCGAUGGAGAUGUUUGAGGAGAUGAUCAGUGUUGGUGUUCGUCCUGAUGUGUAUAUAUACUCAGGGGUUAUACAUAGCUUAUGUGAGUUGAGAGAUCUCUCUCGAGCUAGAGAGAUGAUUGUUCGUAUGGAGGAAAGUGGGUGUGAUUUGAGUAUAGUUCCGUAUAAUGUGUUGAUUAAUGGGCUUUGUAAGAAGCAGAGGGUUUGGGAGGCUGUUGAGUUAAAGAAGAGUUUAUCUAGAAAGGAUCUGAAGCCAGAUGUUGUGACAUAUUGUACUUUAGUCCACGGGUUGUGUAAAGUGCAGGAAUUUGAAGUGGGAUUGGAGAUGAUGGAUGAGAUGUUAUGUUUGAGAUUUAGUCCUAGUGAAGCUGCAGUUUCAAGUUUGGUAAAAGGGUUAAGGAAGAGGGGGAUGAUUGAAGAGGCGCUUAACUUGGUUAAAAGAAUAGCGGAGAGUGACGUGUCUCCUAAUCUGUUUGUGUAUAAUGCAUUGCUUGACUUAUUGUGCAAAUGUAGAAAGUUUGACGAAGCUGAGUUGGUGUUUGAUAGGAUGGGGAAGAUUGGCUUGUGUCCGAACGGUGUGACUUAUUCAGUUUUGAUAGAUAUGUUUUGCAGAAGAGGGAAACUUGACACUGCCUUUAGUUUCCUGGGGAAAAUGAUUGAUUCUGGUUUGAAACCAACUGUUUAUCCAUACAAUUCUCUGAUUAAUGGACACUGCAAGUUCGGUGACAUUAGUGCAGCUGAGAGUUUCAUGGCGGAGAUGAUUAAUAAAAAGUUGGAGCCAACAGUGGUAACAUACACAUCACUGAUGGGUGGAUAUUGCAGCAAAGGGAAAACACACGAUGCUCUUAGACUCUAUCAUGAGAUGACAGGGAAAGGUAUUGCGCCGAGUAUCUACACAUUCACCACGCUUAUAUCCGGUCUUUUUCGAGGCGGGUUGAUUCGUGAUGCAGUAAAGCUAUUUAACGAGAUGGUUCAAUGGGACAUUAAACCAAAUAGAGUGACUUAUAAUGUCAUGAUUGAAGGUUAUUGCGAGGAAGGAGACAUGGGUAAAGCUUUUGCGUUGCAGAGUGAGAUGAUAGAGAAAGGUAUUGAACCAGAUACAUUUACCUAUAGAUCGUUGAUACACGGACUGUGUCUAACAGGUCGAGCAUCUGAAGCCAAAGAGUUUGUAGAUAGUCUUCACAAAGAGAACCAUGAGCUGAAUGAGAUAUGCUAUACCACACUCUUACAUGGGUUUUGCAGAGAAGGAAGAUUAGAGGAGGCGUUAAGUGUUUGUGAGGAGAUGGUACAAAGAGGGGUGGAUUUAGACCUUGUGUGUUACGGUGUUCUUAUAGAUGGAAGUUUAAAGUACAAAGAUCGAAAGAUGUUUCUUGGACUUCUAAAGGAGAUGCAUGGUAAAGGACUCAAGCCUGAUGAUGUGAUCUAUACAAGUAUGAUUGAUGCAAAAAGCAAAACGGGAGAUUUUGAGGAAGCAUUUGGGAUAUGGGAUUUGAUGAUAACCGAAGGAUGUGUACCUAAUGAAGUCACUUACACUGCUGUUAUCAAUGGAUUAUGCAAAGCAGGAUUUGUAAAUGAAGCUGAGAUUUUACGUUCAAAAAUGCUGUCUCCUAACCAAGUAACAUAUGGUUGUUUUCUUGACAUUCUCACCAAAGGAGAAGGAGACAUGCAGAAGGCUGUUGAGCUCCAUGAUGCUAUAUUGAAAGGGCUUUUAGCUAACACCGCUACGUACAAUAUGUUGAUCCGUGGGUUUUGUAGACAGGGGAGAAUGGCUGAAGCUUCUGAGCUUCUGACGAGGAUGACAGGGAAUGAUGUUUCGCCUGAUUGUAUAACCUACACAACGAUGAUCUAUGAGUUUUGUAGGAAGAAUGACGUGAAGAAAGCGAUUGAGUUAUGGAACUCGAUGAUGGAAAGAGGUGUAAAGCCUGAUAGAGUAGCGUAUAACACUAUUAUACACGGUUGUUGUUUGUCGGGGGAGAUGGAGAAAGCCAUUGAAUUGAGGAAUGAGAUGUUGAGACAUGGAUUGAAGCCUAACUCCAAAACAUGCGGAGAAACUAUGUUGAAUGAUUCUAGUUCGAAUGACCCAUUUUGUAAUUGUAUUAGUUGAAACAUGCAUUGACAUCUCAAUCAGUUAAAAAUAGAAAAUAAUAUUAUCAGUCUGAACCCCUGUUUCCUUUUGGCCUUCAGUUCCAGAAACCUUAGCUUGCAGUCAUCCUGGACUGCCAUUACCGACACAGC